AUAUCGAGGCUUGUUAUGUUAGGGGAAAAUCGUUAAGCUUUGAGCAUGAGGCUGUGAGGCUGAGGUCAGUAAAGUACCAAAAGCUAAGAUAGUACGUGUAGUCUCACAGUGUAUAGUCGAUCUAGUCAGAGCCUCAGAGUGACCAGGAUCAGCAUGCCAAGAAACAAGGAGAGGCGAUAUCGACGUCAUACAAACGACGACUCGGACUCGGGUGGCUCACGUGAGUCCAGUCCCGCACCAGAGCAGCAAUCUCGGAAAGACAAGAGAGAAGAUAGAGGGAGAGAAAGAGGUGAGGACAGAGGGAGGAAAGAACGAGAGAAAGAAAAGCGUCAUCGCUCUAGGUCCAGGAGCAGAGACAGGAAUCGCCGUCGCUCCAUAUCCCCAAGUCGUGAUAGGCCACGCAAGAAGACUGAGCGACGUCACCGGUCUAGGUCACGUGACAGAGCCAGGGAAAGGAAGAGAUCACACUCACGUUCAAGGAGCCCAACUCGGCCCAAGGAUAAGAGCAAGAAGAGUCACCACGAUGAACCAGACCGUUCCAAAUCAUCGCAACAACAGAAUACCAAUGCUGACAAUACAACUGAGUCAGCAAAAUCCAAAAAACGAGAGGAUCGUACCUCACCCCCUGAAAGUAAGGACAAAGAAGUUAGUAUCAUAGAAGCCAUCAAAGCUGAACAGCUGAAGAUUGAAGAGGCCAUACAAAAGAGACGAGAGAGACUCGAGGCCUGGAGGCAAAAAAUGUUGCAAGAAGACAAGCUACCUGAAGCUGAAGGGGUCGAGGACAAUUCAGAGGAAGUCUCGGACGAGGUUGAUAAGAAAAAGGGGUGGAGUCUCGAGGAUGACGAUGAAGACGAUGCCGAAGAGGUUGCCAUGGAAACAGAAGAAGCGCCAGAAGAUGCAGAAAAACCAGAAGCUGCGACCAAUGGAGAAGCUGACAAAGCAGAUGAAACAAUGGAGACAGACAAGCCAGUAGAGGAGGCAGAAAAGGUCGAGGAGGAGUAUGUCGAUCCACUGGAUGCAUUCAUGGUUGGAGUACAGGAGGAGGUGAACGAGAUCAAGAACUCUGAUCAAAAGAGGGCAGGAGCAAAGCUGUCAGGCAAGAAAGGAGGUGCCACAAUGAUUACUGUAACCAAGGUUCGCUCUUCCGGUACCCCUGGGUCCAAGAAGAAAGGAGAACUAAUGCACAACGACCAAGAUGCUGCUGAAUACUCCGACGAAGACUUCAACGAUAACGAAGAACUGGCUUCUGUGCUACUCUCUAUCGCUAGGAAAAACAAAAAGAAAGACUUACCUCAGGUCGACCAUCAAAAAAUUGAGUAUCCCUCGUUCAGAAAAGAUUUCUACGUCGAAGUUCCUGAACUAGCAAAAAUGGUAAAAGAAGAGGUGGUGGCACGUCGCAUGGAGCUGGAGAAUGUCAAGGUGAAGGGAAAGAACUGUCCCACCCCUAUCAAGACAUUUGCACAGAGUGGACUCACCAAAAAGAUUCUCGAUGUUAUGAGGAAGUACAAGUAUGAGACGCCUACACCCAUCCAAGCACAAGCCAUCCCUGCUAUCAUGUCAGGUAGAAACUUGAUUGGUAUCGCUCGAACUGGAAGCGGAAAAACCCUUGCAUUUCUCUUACCGAUGUUCCGACACAUUCUGGACCAGCCUCCGUUAGACUAUGAAGAAGGCCCUAUAUCGAUUAUCCUUGCUCCAACAAGAGAGUUGGCUAUUCAGAUCUACAGUGAAUGUAAAAAGUUCUGCAAACACCUCAAGCUCAGACCCGUGUGUGUGUACGGAGGCACUGGUAUCAGCGAGCAAAUUGCCGAUUUGAAACGAGGGGCGGAGAUUGUUAUAUGUACCCCAGGGCGUAUGAUUGAUAUGCUUGCAGCCAACAAUGGUCGUGUAACCAAUCUCCGUAGAGUGACGUAUAUUGUCCUAGACGAAGCUGAUCGAAUGUUUGAUCUCGGAUUCGAACCUCAAGUUACAAAGAUUAUCAGCAAUGUCCGUCCUGACAGGCAAACUGUCAUGUUCUCAGCAACUUUCCCACGUCAGAUGGAAGCUCUAGCGAGAAAAAUCCUAGCCAAACCGAUUGAAGUGCAAGUGGGUGGUCGAAGUGUGGUGUGCAAAGAUGUGCAUCAGUCUGUGAUGGUGAUCGAUCAACACCAGAAGUAUUUCAAGCUACUUGAGCUGCUUGGGCUUUACCAGGAGAAAGGGAGCAUCCUUGUGUUUGUUGAGAGACAAGAAACUGCCGAUGCACUUAUUCGAGAUUUGAUGAAGUCCAGCUACACGUGUAUUGCUCUUCACGGUGGUAUGGACCAGUUUGAUCGUGACUCAACUAUCGCUGAUUUCAAAAACGGUGCUGUGAAGAUCUUAGUUGCAACGUCAGUAGCCGCACGAGGCCUGGAUGUCAAGCACCUUGUUCUUGUUAUCAACUACGAUUGUCCCAACCAUUAUGAAGACUAUGUGCAUCGCUGUGGCAGAACUGGAAGAGCCGGAAGCAAAGGAAACGCUUACACCUUCAUUACGCCAGAUCAACAGAAAAUUGCUGGUGACAUUAUGAAGGCUCUCGAGCUUUCGAAGAUCACUGUUCCUCCUGAGUUGGAGCAGCUGUGGACUUCCUAUACGGAUAAACUGAAAUCCGAAGGAAAAUUGGUCAAGGGAAAAAUAUCAUUCAAGAAACACACGAGAAGAGCGAUUGGGUUCGGUGGGAGUGGGUACAAAUUCGAUGAUAAAGAGGCAGUCAAAGACAGUGAAGCUAAACUGAAACAAAAAUCAGCUCUAGGAAUGGCAGAUGACGAUGAUGAGGAUCAGUAUGCAUUGUUGACAAUGGACAAGAAACUCGAUGAGGUCUUUGGAGGCAAAGUGACGAUUAACAAUCAAAAUGGCCCGAUGAUGGGUAAACCAGGUCUCCUUCCAACUCCACCACAGUCCGAACGUCUCGAUCAAGCCAUGGCGAUUGCCGAAAAAAUAGUUCAAGCAAAGAUUGUUGUAGGAGGUGUGAAUACGGCUGCUCAACAAGCUGCAACGUCCAUCAUGAAGGGCGAGGAAGUCAAAGUCACUGGGGCAGCUCUUGCUUCACAGAUUGCUGCUAGCAUCAAUGCCAAAGUCGGUGCUGGACCAGCUAAUGUGAAGGACACUUUUCUACCUGUUGGUGCAAUUGUUCCAGGGCAAGAACCAAUCAGUGGUGAGGCGACAGACGGUCAGUUCCUCAAAUAUUCUGACGCAGUUGUGAUUAACGGUUUUCCCCAGCAAAUUCGAUUUCGACUCACAACAAGAGAAGUUUUGGACGACAUUGGCGAGUAUUCCGAUUCCUACAUCUCUGUGCGUGGUAUCUAUGUACCUGAGUCCCGCAAAGCUAGUGAAGUACUUGGAGAAAAACGUUUGUAUCUGUCAGUUGAAGGAAAAACUGAACGAGCAGUGCAGUUAGCCAAGCAAGAAAUUAAGAGAGUGAUUAAAGAGGAAGCACAGAAAAUGGCUAGUCGUGUUAAACCAGCCCAACAUACUGGACGAUACUCAGUACUCUAGUACCUUUAAUUUUUGUGUACAUAUCCUUUUGUGUAUGCUGAAUGUAUAUAAUUAUUGUUUACAUGAUUGUAAUUAUUGCAGUAUC